AUGGCCCAACAACCUUCCUCCAUUACAGUCUUCAUCUUUAUCUUUCUCCAUCUCUUCCCUUUCACCACACCUGCAACCUUCUCCUUCACCUCUUUCUCACCCAAUGAUAGAAACAUCUCCACCUUCGAUGGGGCAUCUGUAAACGACAACAGCGGCACUCUCCGGCUCAACAACAACGAGUUUGGUGGUAACGUCUUCAACAACACAGGCCGUGCUCAGUACACAGAAGCCAUACAGUUAUGGGACCCAGCUACCAAUGCCACCACAGAUUUCACCACAUAUUUCGAAUUCUCAAUUCAAUUCCAGAACGGAUUCGAUAACUCAAAUUCCGGCGGCUUCGCUUUCUUCUUAGCAUCACCCAAUUCAAGAAUCCCACUUAAUUCAGGUGGAGGGUGGCUAGGCCUCUUCAACCAAAGCACCAAUGGCAGUUCGACGAACCAGAUUGUCGCCGUAGAGUUUGAUACAUUUCAAGAUGCAUGGGAUCCAAGCAACAACCAUGUUGGUAUCGAUGUGAAUUCCAUCGUCUCGGAGGCAAAUCAAACAUGGAGUAAUACCAUGGUUAGCGGCGAUAUCUUGGGUGCCAGAAUUUCAUACAAUGGUACUACUAACGAUCUUCAUGUUCAUUUAAAAGACCCACAAGUUCCUAAUGAUACGGGAUCAUUGAAUCUUACUUACAAGAUUGAUUUAAAAACAUUCCUGCCUGAGAAGGUGAUAGCAGGAUUCUCAGCUUCUAGUGGGUCUAGUAUCGUCACCCAACUGAUUAGACGUUGGAAUUUCACGUCUAGUUUGGAUUUGGUUGUGGAGGUUGGAGAAGAUGGUGGAAGUUCUAAGAUGCUGGUGGUGGGGUUGAUCAUAGGAGCUGUAGUACUGAUACUUGGGUUAGGGUUAGUUUUGGGUUUGUGGUGGAGAAAAGCAAAUAUAAAGAAAGAAGUAGUGGAAGAUUUAGAUUUUGAUGACGAUGAUCCAAUGGAUGAUGAUUUUGAAAAAGGUACAGGACCCAAGAGGUUUUCUUAUAAGGAGCUGGUUUUAGCAACAAACAACUUCGCAGAAGAAGGGAAGCUUGGAGAAGGAGGAUUUGGAGGUGUUUACAAGGGUUUCUUGACCGAUUUGAACUUGGAAAUUGCAGCGAAGAAAAUCUCCAGAGGGUCUAAACAAGGGAAGAAGGAGUAUGUAUCAGAAGUGAAGAUCAUCAGCCGGUUGAGACACAAGAACUUGGUGCAACUCCUCGGUUGGAGUCAUGAACGCCGCGAAUUCCUUCUUGUCUAUGAGUUCAUGCCAAACGGAAGCCUUGACACUCAUCUAUUCGGCAAGAAGAGCUCUCUCACAUGGACCGUUCGAUACAAGAUUGCUCUAGGGCUGAGCUCAGCAUUGCUCUAUCUACAUGAAGAAUGGGAGCAGUGUGUGGUCCACCGUGAUAUAAAAUCAAGCAAUGUGAUGUUGGAUUCAAGCUUCAAUGCCAAGCUCGGAGAUUUCGGGCUAGCUAGGCUUGUAGACCAUGAUCUUGGCUUGCAAACGACGGUUUUGGCUGGGACUAUGGGCUACUUAGCUCCUGAAUGCAUUAUCACCGGCAAGGCUAGCAAAGAAUCGGAUGUUUUCAGCUUCGGAGUAGUUGCACUGGAAAUCGGGUGUGGUAGAAGGCCGGUAGAACCAAAGGCAGAAGAAUCUCAGGUGAGGUUGGUGGAGUGGGUUUGGGAGUUGUAUGGGAAAGGACGUCUCCUCCAAGCUGUAGAUCCUGUAUUGAUGGGAGACUUUGAUGAGAAAGAGAUGGAGUGUUUGAUGACCGUUGGAUUGUGGUGUGCCCACCCAGAUCAUAGCUUGAGGCCUUCUAUAAGGCAAGCAAUUCAGGUGUUGAAUUUCGAGGCGCCAUUGCCGAAUCUUCCACCGACGAUGCCUGUUCCGACGUAUUUCUCUCCUUCACCGGUGCAAGCUGGGCAAUUCUCAUUGACGUUUUCUAGCGAUGCUACCAACGGUAAUGAUAGUACUUCAGUAGCAUCGACGGCAACCUCGUCGACGUUGAAUAGAGUCUCUUCAUCCAAAUCUCUCCUGCAUGGAAUCCAUUCUACGGCUGUUAUUUAA